GUCUGGUUACGUGGGUCCCCUGGGACUGGGAAGACGGCAAUAUGUAGGAGCAUUGCAUCCACGUUCCAGAGGGAAGGUACUCUGGCAGCCUCCUUCUUUUGGGACAAAAACCAAAGGGGAGUAGGCCUCGAUUCUUUGGAACGGUUUCCUUCUACCCUCGCACGUCAACUAGCACUCUUCAAUGGGGACUUUAAAGUGUCUCUUGUCAAACGCCUUCGGCAGCCGGAUUUGGAGUUGGUUCUAAGCCUUCCUCUGAAGAAGCAAAUGAGGACCUUGGUCAUUGAACCGAUGAAUGCUAUCGGGGGAAUGUUGUCUGGAAGCAACAAACGCUUUGCUAUCGUCUUGGAUGGUUUGGAUGAGUGU